UGACCGCUGGAGGCCCGGGGAAUCCGCGCCCACACACUCUUGCAGAGAUGGCAGGCGGCGACGGCUGGCGCGUCGUGGGCACUCUCCACCUGCUGCUGCUGCUGGCCGUCCUGUCCCUGACAGCCGGGAGUGGGAGUCCUGGCACCGCUGCCUGGACGCAGGAGAAGAACCACCAUCAGCCAGUGCAUUUGAAUUACUCAUCUCUUCGUCAAGUUGCAGAAGGCACCAGUAUUUCUGAAAUGUGGCAAAAUGACUUGAGACCAUUGCUGAUAGAACGCUAUCCAGGAUCACCCGGAAGCUAUUCUGCCCGUCAGCACAUCAUAAAGCGAAUUCAGAGACUUCAGGCUGAGUGGGUUGUGGAAGUCGACACCUUCUUGAGUGAGACACCCUAUGGGCAACGGUCCUUCUCGAAUAUCAUCAGCACUCUUAACCCAGAAGCUAAACGACACUUGGUCCUUGCCUGCCACUAUGACUCCAAAUACUUCCCUCGAUGGAACAACAGAGUGUUUGUGGGAGCCACUGAUUCUGCUGUGCCGUGCGCAAUGAUGUUGGAACUUGCUCGUGCCUUAGACAAGAAACUCCAUUCCUUGAAGGAUGUCUCUGGUUCCAAACCAGAUCUCUCACUCCAGCUAAUUUUCUUUGAUGGAGAAGAGGCUUUUCUUCACUGGUCUCCUCGAGAUUCUCUGUAUGGGUCUCGGCACUUAGCCCAGAAGAUGGCAUCAACCCCACACCCUCCUGGAUCGAGAGGCACCAACCAACUGCAUGGCAUGGAUCUGUUGGUCUUACUAGAUUUAAUUGGAGCUGCAAAUCCAACAUUUCCCAAUUUUUUCCUCAAGACUACCAGAUGGUUUAGUAGACUCCAAGCAAUUGAACAAGAACUCUAUGAAUUGGGUCUGCUCAAGGAUCAUUCUUUGGAGAGAAAGUAUUUCCAGAAUUUUGGUUAUGGAAAUAUUAUUCAAGAUGACCACAUUCCAUUUUUAAGAAAAGGUGUUCCAGUUCUUCAUUUGAUAGCGUCUCCCUUCCCGGAAGUCUGGCACACCAUGGAUGACAAUGAAGAAAAUCUGAAUGAGGCAACCAUUGACAAUCUAAACAAAAUUAUUCAGGUCUUCGUGUUGGAAUAUCUUCACUUGUAGUGUUUGAAUUUAGUUUGUGGUAAUUGCUUUUGUUUCAAAUUCAGAAGUCAAGGUGUUAUUUAAGUAAUCUGAUUCCAGGUAAAUGUUGUACUAAAACUUCAUCCUACAGAUCCAUUCUGUAGGUGAAUGAGUAUGUGAUCAGUGAACCAUAGAAUUCUACGAUGCCUUUGAUUGCUCAUUAAUUUUCAUCCAGAGACAAGAAAGGAACAUGUAAAGAAAUGAAAAAUAAAUAACUUUUGAAACUCUUUAAAUGAAAACUUUAAAAUGACUCUAGAUUACUUAUCAAUAUCAUACUUCUAGACACUUCUUAAAUAUGAUGGUGUACAAUAUAUAACUGUAGUUUUAUAUGUUAUGAUAUAGUGUCUUAUAUAAUGUGUUAUAUAAUACAAUACAGAUAUGUAUUUUGACAGCUCUUACAUUUCUUCAAGAAAGCUUUGUGGAGUAUAUUUCUUGGAAAUUAAAGUCUUAAUUAAAUGUUA